AUGUCCGUCAAGGAGAAUCUGUCUGUCCUCGCCAGCCUGGGGGGCUGUCGGAGCCGUUGGAGGCUGCGCCGUGACUCUGCCAUUUCACCCCAGGAGCUGGAGGCUCGGGUCCCGGAAGGUCAGCGUCUGUUCGAGACCCUCCUUCGUCUCGGGCCAGCAUGGGGUGCCUCGGAGGAGCUGGAGGACCUGCGAUAUCGGUGGAUGCUGUACAAGUCCAAGCUCAAGGACGGCAGCCACCUGCUGGUCGGUGGAGUGCCCUCCAAGCGCUGGGCACAAGUGGAGAGGGAGACCGUGCAGAAGAGAACCUUCACGCGCUGGAUCAACCUGCACCUGGACAAGUGCAACCCACCUCUAGAAGUUAAAGAUUUAUUUGUGGAUAUACAAGAUGGCAAAAUCCUGAUGGCUUUGUUGGAAGUCCUGUCUGGGCGGAACCUGCUGCAUGAGUACAAGUCUUCGUCACACCGUAUUUUCCGGCUAAACAACAUAGCAAAGGCACUUCAGUUUUUGGAAGACAGCAACGUGAAACUGGUCAGCAUCGACGCGGCAGAAAUAGCGGACGGCAACCCCUCGCUGGUCCUUGGGCUGAUAUGGAACAUCAUUCUCUUCUUCCAGAUCAAGGAGCUCACAGGGAACCUCAGCAGGAACUCCCCGUCUUCCAGCCUGUCCCCCGGCUCGGGGGGCACCGACUCGGACUCGUCCUUCCCGCCCACGCCCACCGCCGAGAGGAGUGCGGCCCUCUCCGGGAAGGACCAGCGCAGAGCCAUCAAGGCCCUGCUGGCGUGGGUGCAGAGGAAGACCCGGAAGUAUGGCGUGGCGGUGCAGGACUUCACGGGCAGCUGGAGGAGCGGGCUGGCCUUCCUGGCUGUGAUCAAGGCCAUCGACCCCAGCCUGGUGGACAUGAAACAGGCCCUGGAAGAUUCCGCGCGAGAAAAUCUGGAGAAGGCGUUCAGCAUCGCGCAGGAGGGCCUGCACAUCCCCAGACUCCUGGAGCCCGAAGACAUCAUGGUUGACACGCCAGACGAGCAGUCUAUCGUGACCUACGUGGCCCAGUUUCUAGAACAUUUCCCGGAGCUGGAAGCCGAAGACGUUUUGGAUUCGGAUAAGGACAUCCCUAUCGAGUCGACCUUUGUCCGGAUCAAAGAAACCCCUUCUGAGCAGGAGAGCAAAGUCUUCGUUCUGACUGAAAAUGGAGAGCGUGCCUACACCGUUAACCAUGAAACCAGUCAACCGCCACCCUCCAAAGUCUUUGUCUGCGACAAGCCCGAGAACCUGCACGAGUUCUGCCUGGGUGGUGUUUCCCACCAGGCAGGGUCCACCGGCUCCUCCGAGGACAUGGACCAGGCUGCCCACCCGGUCCUCCAGGGCGACCCGAGUAAGACCUCCGGUGUCAGUGAGCUGUCUUCAGAAUCUUCCAUCUUGUCGUCCAGAAAGGACAGCCGGCGGUCCAACUCCUUGCCAGUCAAGAAAAUGGUUCACUUUGAGACGGACGCCUUCAAGGAUACUUCCCGCAGUCAAGACCCCUCCCACGGCCAGGACUUCCACUUUGAAGGGCGCCCAAGAGCGCCGAAGGACUCGCAGAAGCUGGAGGGACUCGGCUUGGCCGUCGAGGUGGCCGAAAAGGCAGCGCUGGAAGAGGCGUCCUCGGGCCUGCCAGAUGCCACCUCGGGCGAGGCCCCCGACGACGGCGUCUCGUGGGCAGAAGGUGUGAUCCCUGACACCCAGCCGUCUCCUUCCUCCGAGGCUGCAGCCGGCCACGGCGAGGAAGGCCCACGCUCGCCUCCCGGGGAGAACGCCAUCAUGGCCGAGUCCUGGGAGAUCCAGGUCAAGCUGCAGACCGUGGACGCCAUGGACGAGGAAGACUUCUUUGAGGGCAUACCCCUGAAAGCCUCGAAGUUCAACAGCGACCUCGUCGAUUUCGCUUCCACCAGCCAGGCCUUCGACGAAGACCCUUCGCCCCGUGAGGAGACGCCCACCGCGCCCCAGGCGCCGGAGGAUCCCGCUGAGAGGCGCGGCAAGCGGAGGGCAAAGACUGCCCACAGGGAGCGGGGCCCCCCCGAGCCCCGAGUGGACGCGGACGGGCUCGAGCCGCGCGAGGGCCCUGGACGGGGCACCCCAGACUCCUCUUCGGCCCCCGAAGCGACGCCGCUGGGCGGAGAGCCAGAGCGGUGUGAGAAGGCCAAGGGCAAGUCCGCCCGUCCUGGAGACGAGGACAAAGAGGAAGCCCCAGGCCCGCAGGAGCAGGAGGCGGGUGGGGACGUGCCCUCCGGCCCGCCCAGCGGCAGCGUCAGCCUGGAGACGCUCGGCAGCCCCAGCGACGAGAGCCUGAGCUUCCAGCCCUCCCCGCCCCUCUCCAAAGUGUCCGUCAUUCCCCACGACCUCUUCUAUUACCCGCAUUUCGAGGUGCCCCUGGCCACGGUCCUGGAGGCCUACGCGGAAGGCCUCGGGGAUUUGAAAGACGAGGAGGUGGAGGGGGAGGAGCCGGCGGGCGCCGCGUGGGAGCGGGACUCCAGGGAGGAGGCCGAGGCCGCUCAGAGGGGCCUGCCUUUCUCGCGGCUGGACGAGGGCCUCUCCGGCGCCAGCGACUGGGUGCCGGAUCCCGACCGGGCCGUCGAGGAUGCCGCCUUGGCCUCCGGUCCGGCCGCCCCAGCCCCCGACCAGGACCACCGGCCAAGGGAGACCCAAGAGAGCGACCCCUCGGAGUCUCACUCUUCCCGCGAACCCCCAAACGCGGCGAGCACGGCUGGCCCUUUAGACGCCAAAGCGGCGGCAGAGCCGGUCAGCAGCAAAAGGAAGGAGAAGAGGAGGCAUGUGGGCCGCGUGGAGAGCUCGCUGUCUGUGGCGCCCGGCCCCGCGCAGGCCUCGGACGACCUGGAAUACGCCGCCAGCGACGCCAGGAUCCCUUCCAGGGCGAGUCACAGUGACUCCAGCAUUUACGUCCGGCAGCACGCUAAUAGCUCUUUGGAAUCGGAUCAUUUUAGCUAUGUUCCGUGGCGGAGCGCAGCCGAGCUGGAUGACAGAGGGAACCGAACGUUAACCAGGAAGGCCAAGAAGUUGGGAGCGGCCGCCUCGCCGGGGCACUGCCCGCAGAGCAGCUCCCUGACGCAGCUGGUCCAGCAGCCGGACACGUUGUAUUUCAUCCUCUUCCUCUGGCUCCUGGUGUACUGCCUGCUGCUCUUCCCGCAGCUGGACGUCGCCAGGCUCUGACACAGACGUCUGUGUCACACAAAAGCCAGGUCCUGACUGGCGGGGAUGCUCCUCAUCCGUCAUUUUCCUCGGGGUCC